UACAACUUUCAUCACAUGUCCUUUUGAUCAGAAGAAGACUCUGGGCAUCAAACUUCCGUAUUUGGUCAUGAUUGUUAAAAAUAUGAAAAAAUACUUCACGUUUGAAGUUGAGGUGAGUUCAAACCGCUUUGUCUUAACCAAAAACUUUCAAACCCCAUCCAAUCCAGCGAUCUGCAGCCUGUCAGACAAGCUAGAUUCCAAGGAACUCAGCUUUAAAAUAGCGUUGUUUCAGAUUCAUGCGAACUGCAGAAUCAGAAGGAUUUAUUUCGCUGAUAGGCUCUACUCAGAAGACGAACUUCCUGCUGAAUUUAAACUAUAUCUGCCAGUUCAGAAUCGAGUCAAGUAA